AUGAAGACCGCCAUCGUGACUUCGGUGCUGGCGACCCUCGCCGCCGGCUUCAACUUCCACAAGAGGAACCCGGUCUCGUACGAGGGGUACCAGGUGCUCCGCGUCAAGACGCUGAGCCAGCUGGCCACGGUGCAGGAGAAGCUGGCCUCGAUCCCCCACGAGCAGUGGAACCACGACGUCGAGACGCACAUCGACAUCGUCAUCUCGCCGGACCAGGUCGAGACGGUCGAGUCGCUCGGGCUCGACUACCGCGUGCUGCACAAGGACCUCGGCGAGUCCAUCAGCGCCGAGUCCCAGGCCCGCGGGACCUACAGGCGCGACAUCGACGACCUCUCGUGGUACGACUCGUACCACCCGUACGAGGACCACGUCCGCUACUUCACCGACCUCCACAAGGCGUUCCCGGACAACUCGGAGCUGGUCUACUCCGGCCGCUCGUUCGAGAACCGGUCGAUCCACGGAAUCCACCUCUUUGGCGACGAGGGUCCCGGAAAGCCUGCUGUGCUUUACCACGGAACUGUCCACGCGAGAGAAUGGAUUUCUGCACCUGUCGUCGAGUACCUCACCCUCCAGUUGAUCAACGCGCACAAGAACGCGACCAACGCCACGGACUCCAUCUUGAACAAAUACGACUUCCACAUCUUCCCCAUCGUCAACCCUGACGGCUUCGUGUACUCUCAGGAGGUCGACCGCCUCUGGCGCAAGACCCGGACGCCGCCUCCCCCGAACCAGAGCUGCUACGGCACCGACAUCAACAGGAACUGGGAGUACGGCUGGGACGCCAACUCGCUCGGCGCGUCCACCAACUCGUGCGCGCAGGCCUACCGCGGCCAGAAGCCGUCCGACACGGUCGAGAACCAGGGGCUGGACGCGUACGUGCGCAAGCUGCGCGACGCGAGCGGCAUCAAGCUCUACAUCGACUGGCACAGCUACGGCCAGUACAUCCUCUCGCCCUUCGGCUCCAAGGAGACGUGGUACGCGCCCGAGCUCGGCAAGUGGACCAAGACGGCCUCGGUCCUCAGCGAGGUCAUCCGCGACAGCUCCGAGAGGCGCACCACCUUCACCUUCGGCCCCAGCGGCGCGACGCUCUACACCACCACCGGCGCGGCGCCCGACCACGUCUACGCCAUCGGCGGCGCCGACUUCUCGUACACCAUCGAGCUCCCCGACACGGGCGACUACGGCUUCGUGCUGCCCCCCAGCCGGAUCCGCGGCGCGGCCGAGGAGCAGUGGGAGGGCCAGCAGGUUCUGUACACGCUCUUGGACGAGGUCUUUUUCGACGGCAUCGGACCCGCGUAG